CGCGUGCGGUUCGCUUGGAUUCGCUCCUCCUUCGGCUUAAAAAAAAGCAAAGAGAGUGUGUGUGCGUGUUUGAAGCCGCCAAAGGUAGAUGAUUCUGAAAUUCCGCUGCUAUUUCGGACGGCUGUGCAAACUUAGUGAUAUACGCUGCGUAUACGCAACGUUGUCAGCACGUCACCCAUACGCGCUGUGGGCCCAGAAGCCGCCCGUUAUUUGUGUGCAGUCUUUUCUGCAAAUGCCGUGAAAUAUUUCAAAUGGGUUUCUGGCGCUUGGUGACGCUCAAGAACCCUCGGAAACGCAACAAUUCGCAAAAGUACAGAAGGCAGGAAGAGCCAAUUCGGGCAAACACAAACAGUUCGCUCGCUUUCGGGCCAAGUUCCGCGGACGGCUAGUACAUCGCGGGAAAUUUUAAGUGCAAAUAAAAACAAUGACGACAGCCAAAUGGAUUUGGCGCUUGGCGCUGAGCAUCUUGCUGGUCAUGGGCUUCGUGGCCGCGGAGAAGCCGAAAGGCUAUCACCGGGAGAUUUGCCAAUAUCGCAAGGGCAAACAUAUCCAGCCCAUGAGUGCUUACCACACUCGCCUGAUGGAGAUGCGCAAACAAAUGAUGAUUAGAGCCACGCUGGAAGGGCCCGAGAUUGACGGGUAUAUACUACCCUCCACGGACGAGCACCUCAACCAGGAGGUGGCGCCCCGGGAUCGGCGCUUGAAGUAUCUUUCCGGCUUCACAGGAGUCCGCGCCUUUGCAGCCGUCACCAGUGAGGGAGCAGCCAUCUGGCUGGAGCAGCGAUAUGCCCAGCAGGCGGAUGGCGAGCUUGAGUGCGACUGGGAGAUCUAUCUGACCAGCGGCAAUGUCAGCCUGGCCGACUGGCUGAGCAGCUAUGUGCAAUACGACAAGCGAGUGGGCGCAGAUCCGCACCUGGUGCCCCACUCCCUUUGGAUCCAAUGGGAGCGGGAGCUGGACUAUAAGCUCAUCAAGCUGGUUAAGAUCAACAACAAUCUGGUGGACCACAUUUGGGGCACCGAGCGCCCGGAGACGCCCAAGAACCAGGUGAUUCAGGUACAUUCGAAGUUCUUCGCCGGCGAGAUUUGGCAGGACAAGGUAAAGGAGCUAAGGAGGCGACUGGCGCACCUGGGCUGCGAUGCCAUGGUGAUCACCUCGCUGACUGAGAUUGCCUAUCUGCUCAACAUCCGCGGCACAGACAUUCCCUACACGCCAGUGGUGAAGUCGUACGCUAUUGUCAGCCAGGAUGAUGUAUUCUUCUACGUGGAGCAUACCAAGAUCAGUUUGGGUAUUGAUCUUCAUCUGCGCACAGACUGCUUUAAUGAAAAUUGCGUAAAGAUUAAGGAGUACAAUCAGAUCUGGAGCGACAUCCGCACAUAUGCCCAGAUCUGGAAGCGAGUCCUAGUCUCCGCACCUUGUGUUCAGGAUCUUGGCGCCUCAGAGGCAAUAUAUUCCUCGAUGCCUGCCAAAAUCGUCGUCUUUGAGAUUUCCCCCAUUAUUUUUAUGCGGGCGCAGAAGAAUUCCGAUGAGCAGGCAGGCAUGCGGAGGGCACACAUCCGGGAUGGAGCCGCCAUUUGCGAGGCCAUGAGCAACAUGGCUACCCGCUUUCACACGGAGCAGUGGACCGAGGAGAAGAUCAAUUACGAGGUGGAGCUGUGGCGCCUCUCGCAAAAGCACUCCAAAGGUCUUUCCCUGCGCACCGUGGUGGCCUACGGAGAGCACUCCGCCCUGCCCUACUACAUCUCCAGCAACGUGACCAACAUCGAGGUCUCCGACCAGAGUCUGCUGGUCAUCGAGUCCGGUGGUCAGUAUCUGGAGGGCACCACGGACGUCGCGCGCACCUUCAUAUUUGGCGAACCUACGCACGAGAUGAAGAAGGCGUACACGAAUGUGCUGGCUGGGAUUCUGCACCUGACGCAACUCAAGUUCCCGGCUGACAUAAUGCCAUCCAAGGUGGACGCCCUGGUGCGCAGCAUGGUGUGGAAGGACAUGACGGACUUCCCGCAGGCAACGGGCCAUGGCAUUGGCUCCUUCGGUUCCGUGGAGGAACCUCCCAUAUCAGUUGCCUACGGAGAGAACAGCAGCUUUCACUUCAAGCCGGGCUAUUUCUUCUCCAGCGAGUCUGGAUACUACAAGGGCGACGACUUCGGUGUCCGUCUGAAGAACGUGCUCGAGGUGGUGGACACCGGAUUCACGCAUACCACCGGCGCACACUUCCUUGCAUUCCAGGACGUCACCAUGGUGCCCUACGAGCCCAAGUUGAUCGACAGCACGCUCCUCAGCGCCGCGGAGAAGCGUCUGCUCAACGAGUACAAUGCCAAGAUCCGGAACGUCGUCGGCGAAGAGCUGAAGCAACUGGGAAACAUGCGGGCCUUCUACUGGAUGAUGAACCAGACGCGACACAUCCGGGAGUAUCUGCCGGAGGACGAAUACCGCUCGGCGACCGGCGGAGGAAGUGGUGGCCACACCAGCGGGCCAUUAAUAGUCCUGGGUCUCGCUAUCGUCCUUUCUGCGAUCCUCUCCACGCGAUCCUAAGGGCCUGGGUUUUUAGUGUACACUGUCUAUAAUUAUCUAGAUUUAGUUAGCUAUGCAAAUUUAAAGAGAGAAUCUGGGACUAACAUGAAAUCGAACCAAUUAAUAACUGCAACUGUUAGUAUUUUAGUAACGUCAUUUGGCCCUAAACAUCGAGUAUAAAUCGUAAAAAAUCGCACCCUGCCACCAAGUUCCAUGUUUAGGAAUAGGUAUUAACUAAAACCAAAUACGUAAAAUGAAAUGUAUAAAAUCUUUAAUCGUAAUCGACCAAAAAUAUGUUAAAACUGUUUACUACAAUAAUACAAGCAUUGUCUCUAUACUUAAGAAAUAACAUUGUAUAUUUUUCUAAAUAUAAUUUGGAAAGUACGAA